GAGAAAUUAAAUCUUUUUUUAAAAUAUAAAAAAAUGGUUAAAAACUCAGCAUAAGACCCAUAAGAUAAUUCACUCUAAAUGAAAGUAAUUGAUUAAAGUGCUAUUGAUUUAGAUUAGAUAAUAUUUGGUUUCAGGAAGAAGACUUCCAUCUAAAGAAGACCCAAAUCCAAAAGUGAUUAGUAUGAGAAUCUUUGCAAGAAAUACAGUUGCUGCUAAAAGCAGAUUCUGGUAUAGCAUGAUUUAAUGGUUAGGUGGAAUUUAAGAAGACUUAAUAAACUCAAACCAUCACAUGGAUAGAUCUUAGCAGUAUAAGAAUUAUUUGAAAGAAGAGACACAAAUGUUAAAACAUAUGGAAUUGUUCUUAAAUAUUAAUCAAGAACAACUAUUCAUAAUAUGUAUAAGGAAUUCAGAGACACAACCUUAAAUGGAGCAGUCUCUUAAUUAUGUAAUAAUAUUUGCUGAAGAAUAUUUUAGAUUAAGAAAUGGCUGGAAAUCAUAGAGCUUAACCAUAAACAAUUCAUAUUCUCNGGUAACACAUUUUCUGGUCUUUUUUUAAAAUGUACAAUAAUUUCUACUUCUUCAUUAAUUUUAUCUAUUUGAACAAAAAAAGGAAGAUGCCAUUAAAUUGGUUAAUCAUUAUAUGA